GAGGCUGCAUUCUCAGACUGACACUUAUUCAACACUGCCACCUUAAGCAGAUUACUUUUGCGCUGCCUGUGUCAAAUACGUGGUUCACUUUGCCUCUCCAUCAUGUUUGGGAUGCUGAAACACCACCUUCACCCGGGCAUUUUUCUCUUGUUCUUAUGGCUUUGUCACCUCAUGGAACAUCAAAAAGUUCAAGCUGGGAACUGUUGGUUGCAGCAGGGGAAAAACGGGAGGUGCCAGGUACUCUACAUGCCCGGGAUGAGCAGGGAGGAGUGCUGUCGGAGUGGAAGACUGGGGACGUCCUGGACCGAGGAGGACGUCCCCAACAGCACGCUCUUUAGGUGGAUGAUCUUCAAUGGCGGAGCUCCCAAUUGCAUACCUUGCAAAGGUGGAGAAACCUGCGACAAUGUUGACUGUGGGCCCGGAAAGAGGUGCAAGUUGAACCGAAGAAGCAAGCCGCGCUGCGUGUGCGCACCAGACUGCUCCAACAUCACCUGGAAAGGACCUGUCUGCGGCUCCGAUGGAAAGACCUACAAAGACGAAUGCGCACUGCUGAAAGCUAAAUGCAAAGGUCACCCCGAUCUGGACGUACAGUACCAGGGCAAAUGCAAGAAAACGUGCCGUGACGUCUUGUGCCCCGGCAGCUCCACAUGCGUCGUAGACCAGACCAACAACGCGUAUUGUGUGACGUGUAAUCGGAUUUGCCCCGAGGUGACGUCGCCCGAGCAAUACCUGUGUGGAAACGAUGGGAUCAUCUAUGCCAGCGCGUGUCACCUGAGAAGAGCUACCUGUCUCCUCGGCAGGUCUAUUGGAGUGGCAUAUGAGGGAAAAUGCAUCAAGGCCAAGUCAUGUGAGGAUAUCCAGUGCAGCGCGGGGAAGAAGUGUCUGUGGGAUGCUCGGAUGGGCCGAGGCCGUUGCUCAUUGUGCGAUGAGUCCUGUCCGGAGAGUAGGACAGAUGAGGCGGUGUGUGCCAGCGACAACACCACAUAUCCCAGUGAAUGUGCCAUGAAGCAAGCUGCUUGCUCAAUGGGGGUGCUGCUUGAAGUCAAACACUUAGGAUCUUGCAACUGAAUCUGCUCAAAAGAGACCUGAGCCACUGGAACCAUCAGCCCCAGUGCCCCUAAACCCACUUCCCAUCCUCCCCCUAACCCACCUUGUGACCUUCCCCUAACCUCCAACUUGCCGAUCCUUUCCAUUGUCGCUCCUUUUUCUCAUGUUGCAGCCCUGACUUGCUCGAUUAUGUAAAUGGACAUUGUAUAAUUAAUUGGGGAUGCCACAGCAACUGCUGCUGCCAAGUCACACAGACUCUUGCUCACACAAACAUAAUCAUAUACACAAAAGAAAGAAACAGAAAGGAGGCUGUGUGCCAGUGGCUUAAUUGUGAGAUUUAUUUUUUUGACAGUGAUAUUCUGCGCUGUUGUGGUCCAUAUUCAUACAACAGCUACCAUAUAUUCUCCCAUAUAGCCAUUACAGAAGACCAGGAGGAGGAUGAGGAAGAUGAGGACUCAGACUACAUGGCCUAUGUCCAUUUAUCUUCUAUACUGGAUGGAUAGGCUCACAUCACUAGGGGAACAGUCCUAGGGCAAGGAAUCAUGUCCAUACUGUACAUUAUGUGUAUGCUUAUUUAUUUUUUAAAGAAAAAGGAAGUAUACAUAUAGUUCAGUCUGCUAGAUGUUUAUUUAUACUUUUUGUGUUUUAUAAAUUAUACAUUUACAUUGUUAGGCUAUCACCUACCAUGAUAUAUUGUGUUACCACUCAUUUCCCUUUUUUGUUGUUGUCCCUUUUGCUUUCUUUUUUUAUCAUGAAGAAAUAUAUUUGUCCAAAGAAAAGCAGUGUUAUUUAUUUUUCAUGGUACCGUGUAAGUAUAAGUCCUCUUCAAGCUGUAAAUUGCAUUCCCUGAGCUGUAAAAAAUCCGCUUGUUUCUGUCAAAUCUCUAUCACAGAUGUUUAUGUCACACAUACAUAAAUGCAUGUUUAGGCUGUGUGUUUAUUUAUUGGGAAAUAUAUCAAUCAUUUUAUGUACAGAAGUGUGUCUGGUUUGUUUACAACUAUAAUAACUGACCAAAGGGAUUCUCUCAAUGGUUUUGCAAAAGAGCACUGUAAAUGGUGCAACACAGCAGCGAUGGAAUAGAAAAGAAAAAAAGAGCCAUUUAGUUUUUUCUUUUCUUAGUUUUAAGUUUCUUUCAGUUUUAGCCCUUUAGGUUUGUUUCCACAUGGAGACUGUAGACAUAAUUAAAUAUAGCUUUUAUUUUGUCUAGAGGUAAGUUUUGGGCGAUACUUGAUUACUUUGGAAACAAUGUGCCAUUAACAUUUGUGAGCUGUCUUCUUGCCAAUGUACUCCGUACUGCUCUCACAGAGCUACACUAGGACUAACAUACUGCAAUCCUCUACACUAUAUCAGACUUCUUCACUUUGUUUCUUUUUAUUUGUUUUUUUUCUCCUCAGAAUGCAUUUUUUUUAUUUUCAAACAUCACAAGAGAAAUACAAAAUUCUGUUAUGAAUAUAUAGUUUUGUAUUUUUUAUGUAAAUGUCAUAUGUACAUACAAAGUUUGAUGGUAUUUGUACAGAUAUGAAGAGUGAAUCAAUAAAAGUUUUUUUUCCUUAUACUUU